AUGACGGGCGCGCUGAGGUACAUGGCGCCGGAGGCGGAGGUGUUCUCCUUCACCUCGCUGCUCUACCAGCUGCUCGCGCACCAGAAGCCCUUUGCGUGGAUGAACGCCGAGCAGUUCCUCGCCGAGGUGCCGGUUUGCCGCGGAGGCACGCGCUGCCCUUUGGGCAAGGCUUGGCCCGCCGAGCUGCGCGCUCUCAUCACCGCCGGCUGGGCCGCCGAUCCGGAGUCGAGGCCCGACAUCGGCAAAGUGGCCGAGUCGCUCGAGGAGCUCGCCGCAAAGCUCGGAGCGUCGGCCUCGCCGUCGACGCUGCCGCCGCGCCGGCACCGCGCCGGGAUUGCAUGA